AUGGGUGUUGGAGCAGACGCUGGACUUGAGAAGCUGGGCAUUUUUGUGAAAACUAUCACGGACAAUGGUGCAGCAGCACGUGAUGGUCGUAUCCAAGUAAAUGACCAAAUAAUCGAAGUCGAUGGCAAAAGCUUGGUUGGAGUUACACAAGCUUAUGCAGCAUCAGUUUUACGUAAUACAUCUGGUUUAGUCAUCUUCCAAAUUGGUCGUGAACGUGAUCCCGAGAACUCUGAAGUGGCACAAUUGAUACGACAAAGCUUACAAGCCGAUAAAGAUAAAGAAGAACGAAUCAAAAGACAACAAGAGGAGUAUCUGCGACGCACAAUCGAUUAUUCUGAAGAUUCAACUCAACCAGCUUCGGCAAAUUCGAGUGUAUGCGAGGGACCUACUAGCCCACUCAAUCCACUUAUCAUUGAUAAUCCUAUAAAUUCAGAGAUGGAGGCUGAAGCAAAACAUUCUCAAGAAGUGGAGUCUUUGAAACGUCUUUUACAGGAGCACAAAGCGAGCCAAAAGACAUUCGCUAAGAAUUGUGAAGAAGAAAAAAAGAUUUUACUAGCUAAGCUCGUCAAGGGCAAUGAGAAUGAAUUAUUAACUGAACGCUUGCGGCAGGCUGAAAAGGAUUUAUCACAAGUGCAAAAAGAAUCAGCCAAUUUUCAAAAUAUGUUGCAGGCAUCUCAAUCUCAAUUCACUACACUCGAUCAAAAAUAUAACAAAGCAAAACGUCUGGUUCGUGAAUAUCAACAAAGAGAAGUCGAUAUGAUUCAACAAGAGGAAUUCUAUUUGCAAUUAUUACAAGAAAAAGAUAAUGAAUAUAAUGCUCUUGUCAAAAAGUUAAAGGACCGUGUAAUUCAUUUAGAGCAAGAGCUUCAAGAAACGCAACGGAAAGCUGGACUACCUAUAUACUUGCCAUAUGAUAGUACAAGUCUUCGACUCACACCACAAAUGAUCCGGAAGCAGCCACCAAAACGAUUCCAAAAAUUAGAAACUGGACUAUCGGAUACUGAGAUAUCAGAUUUUUCGCCAGAUGGUGAAGAUGACAAAACAGCAACGGUCGAGCGAAAAGUUCCUCUUAAAGAUGAAUUAGAUGCAGCUGUACCACGGGUCUCAGAAAUAUUAGAUACUGCUGUGAAUAAAUCGAAAAGUGAUUUAGUCUCACGCGGUGGAUUAGCAAAGCGCUUACCAUCAGGAAAAAAAAGCUUAAGUAACAGUAGUUCUGAUUGUGCAUUGAACGAAAGCGAAGAAGAAGGCAUCAAUGAUGCUAUGAGUUCAACUGAUAUUAGAAGUAAACAAAACGGCCAUAGCUUUCUCGAAUCGAAAGUGAAUGACAAUAACAACAAUAAUGGAGACAAAAAACGAUUUGAAAAUGCGUUAUAUGCACAGGUGCACAAAGAACAUAAAGGGGGUGAUAACCAAAAUUCCAUUCCCAAUAGUCAGUUUGUUCCACAUACAACAAUACCAAAUAUUUAUAAAAAUGCAAGUGAUACCGCACCUAUAAGCUCAUCAUCUUAUAACAAUGAAUUAAGCAGCUCUUACGACAGUAUUUUGAGCUCGAAUGAUAAGCUCUCUGAUGUUCAAAACACAGAUAACUGGAUGUACCCUAAUAGAAAACGUGGAAGUAAAGCUGCACCAACAUCAUUUACUGAUCAGCUUAAUCAAGUAUUAACCGAGCGCGAACAUCGCCGCCUUGGGGAUGGAUCAUCUCGUGAUUCAAGUGAUGAUUUUCCUGAACUAAGUCGUACGCAAAACCAAGCGAUUUCGAUGUCACAAACACUUUUAGUCGAAAUCCGCCAAGCAGUAAAUGAAGCACAGCCAAAAGUUAAAAAUGUAAUUCCAAACUCACUUUCUCCUCCGGGUACAGUGCCGUGGCAACAUCAGCAAGGACCACCAUCACCAUCUAGUGUUUCAAGCAGCGGUUCAACCUCACCCGGAUAUUCACCAAGUCGAACACUAGAUUUGUCUGGUUCAAGUACUAGCUUUUCUAGUGAGCGUAAAAAUCCACAUCACUGGCAAAAUGGACCGGUACAAGAGUGGACUAAGGAACAAGUUUGCCAAUGGUUACUUGCCUUGGGACUUGAACAACACACAUCAAAGUUCUUAACCCAUGGUGUUGAAGGUGGUGCACUGCUACAACUAGACUCUCGUGAUUUAAAAAUUUUAGGCGUUUCUGGAGAUGAUAAAACAAAAUUCAAGCGAAAGCUAAAAGAACUAAAACACAUUGUUGAAAAAGAAAAGCGACAGCAAGAAAAAGAUAGAAAAGAACGUGAAAAAAUGAUAAGAAAGGCAGAAAAAAAAGCAGAAAAAACUGCAUCUAAAAAGAAAUAGAUGGAUGUACAUUGUACAGCUAUUUUAACAAUGGUUGGAAUAUACAAAUUUAUAAUAUUAACCACACUACAUUUUAAACAUGAAACAAAUGAAAUGGAACAAAGAAAAUGCGUCGAACAAUGAAGUGACAAUGAAGCAAAAAUUGUAACUUAGGGCGAGUUUAUUAAGAUAUAAUGUGAAAUCGAAUUGCAGUAAAUAUAAACAUAGUCUGAAAUGAUUACCCUCUUACAAUACGAAAAUAUAGAAGAAUUUACUUUAAUUGCAUGAAGACAGUAGUGUGAUACAAAUUUUUAUCAUAAGAUUGUUAUUUAUUGAUUGGCCUGCGAAUGAAAAAUAGUGAACAAAAAACAUAACCUGUUGCUCCACAAUAUGUUGAGGAUCGUAUAUUUAACAUCGCAUAUUAAUGUCUGCAUUAAUUUGAAAUUUUAAUUGAAUUAAUUUACUAAUUCGCUGCAUUCCAAAAUAUGGUAUCUAAUUAUUCCCUGUGUUGAAUUCAAUGAACGAUACGAAUUAGCAAUGAAAUGAGAAUUAAGAAAAAAGGACAAGAAUUGAACAAUGAACCAUUUAAGUAGAAGAGAAGUUUUGUAUACAUGGUUUUAUACAUGUACAAGAUUUUUAUUAAACUUUUCAUAAUUUAAUAAUUAAAUCAAAUAUGUCCAAACACUUUUUUUGCGUAAAAAUCAUUUUUAAACAAUUCAAAUUUGUUAAUAAUGUUGUCUUUAUAAAUCGAACUUAAAAUAUUGAAGAAGAACUUCCAUCUGAAGCAAAAGACGAAUUCUGUCGUUCAAUUGAAUUUAAUUCUUUAUAAAUGAAACGAACGAAAAUAAAAGUGGCCAAUAUACAAUAUUGAUGUAAGAAACAAUUUAAAUAAAAUAAAAUUCUUUUAAUACUAUAGUACACUUAUUA